CUGGGGUAGGCGGCGGCGGCGCAACAGGUUAUCGGAGCGGAGCGGCGCCCGGCUGUGCCCAUGGCCGGCCGCGGCCCCGUCUCCGAGCAGGGCUACAUCCGCACCGUGCUGGGCCAGCAGAUCCUGGGGGAGUUGGACAGCUCCAGCCUGGCGCUGCCCUCCGAGGCCAGGCUCAAGCUCUCGGGCGGCCGGGCCGGGGAGGAGAAGGCGCUGCGGAUCCACCGGCAGGUCCAGCAGACGCUGGCCAGGAAGAGCCGGGGCUCGCUGCAUAACGGCAGUUUGCACCGUGCAUCCAGUGUUCCAGAGCAUGUCUAUAACAUGGGGAUUACUGAAAAUGAUUCUGCACUAAGAACUCCCUAUGGUUUUUCAUAUUACCAGUCAAACCAGGUGGCCUCACCAUCCUCUUAUACAAAUGGCUGGGGGACGAGAAUUACUUACAAGACAAUGGAAGAGAGAGCUCAAAGGCAGCCUCUGAAGAGACUAGAGGUUUCACCCCAACGAAGUCCUGAAAGAUUGGCAUAUGUGUCCAAUGAUUUUCACUAUGACGGAGGGAUUUCAACUGGAUUCUCCAUGAGGCAUGGAGAUAGCAGGAGAUCCAGCGGGACCAUCCCACCAAGAUAUGCUCGGUCUGAGAUUGUUGGGUACACUCUUCGUGAUUCAGUGAACAGGGGACGCUUCUUUAAGAGACACUCCCACAUGGGCCCUAUUAAUGAUGCCGUCCUUGAUGGUGUCUACCCAAGCCCCACUGUCCCUCUGUACCAUCAAGCAGGCAACAGUCACAGUAUGACCAACCUUUUGGAGAAGGAGAACUACGUGACCUCAGGCAGUGCGAUGGGACAAGUGAGAUCACCAAUUGCUUCCCGUUUGGGGUCUCAGAACAGGCAAUCUUUAAGGCCCAGCUGGUACCAAACUACUUUCAGAAGCACACAGACCAGGAGGGAAGCUUCCCAACCAGCUUCAAUAACCAGUGUCGCUGCAGAAACGGAUGGGAAGAGGAUGCCAUUGACAGCUGCUGUGGCAGCAGCAGGGAGAAAUUGUUUCCUGCAGAGUGAACAAGUCACCAUCAAUGGAUCUCAGCUAGGGAGCCCAGAAGGGGAGAUGACUCUGGAUCGUGCAGUAAGCAUACUGAAGAGUGAAAAUACACAGUCCACCCCUAGGAUUCUUGCUGCGGUGACUUUUAUACAGCAUGAGUGCUUCCAGAAAGCAGAUGCCAGAAGAAAAGUUUUCUCACUUGGUGGUAUCCCCAAACUUUUACAGCUUCUUGACGUUCAGAAUGAGGACAUUCAGCGGGCAGCAAGUGGUGCUCUGAGAAACUUGGUGUUUGAGGACAAUGACAACAAACUGGAAGUGUCAGAGCAGAAAGGGAUCCCACUCUUGCUCCGCCUGCUCCGCCACACCAGGGAUGUAGAGACUAAAAAGCAAAUAACAGGUUUGUUGUGGAAUUUGUCCUCCAAUGACCAGCUGAAGCACCUGUUGAUUAGAGAAGCCCUGCAGACACUGACUGAAGCUGUUCUCAUCCCUUACUCGGGCUGGCCAGAUCGAGAUUACCCGAAGUCAAGUGUUUUACCUGACCCUGAUAUCUUCUACAAUGCCACAGGAUGCUUGAGAAACAUGAGCUCUGCCGGCCCGGAAGGAAGGAAAAAAAUGAGAGAAUGCAACGGCUUGAUUGAUUCUCUUGUGUAUUAUAUCCAAGGAGCUAUUGCAGACCACGAGCCUAAUGACAAGGCCACAGAGAACUGUGUGUGCAUUCUUCACAAUCUUUCCUACCAGCUAGAGAUAGAGCUCCCUGAGAGCUAUGCCCAGAGCAUAUAUAUGCAAAGAAGAAAUGUUUCUAACAAUGAUAAAACACCAGGCUGUUUUGGAACACGGAGCAGAAAAGUAAAAGAGAAGCAGCAGGACACCCCACUACCUGAGGAAAAGAGCAAUCCCAGAGGUGUUGAAUCGCUCUGGCAUUCCACACUGAUUAGGAUAUAUCUCUCCUUAAUAGCAAAGAGUACCAGAAACUAUACCCAGGAAGCAUCCCUGGGAGCUCUUCAGAACCUCACAGCUGGCACUGGACCGAUGCCGUUUGCGGUGGCCCGGACUGUUGUUCAGAAGGCAAAUGGCCUUCCAAGUAUUCGAACUAUGCUGCAUGUAAGCCACCCGACAGUAAAAAAGACAGCAGUCUCACUGCUCAGGAACUUGUCUCGCAACACCUCUCUGCAAAGUGAUAUAGCUAGAGAAGUUUUGCCUGAUUUGGUCUCAAUACUUCCUGAGUCUGUCCCGGGGUCUGAUAUUGCCUGUGAAACCACAGCGUCCAUCUGCUACACACUGUACAAUUUGACACAGAGCAAUUCACACAAUGCACGGCUUCUCCUGAGUGCUGAUGGCCUACCGAGGAUUAUUACCAUCAGCAUGAACGACAGUAACAUGUUCAGCAAAGCUAGUAGGGCUGCUUCAGUCCUCCUCUACUCCUUGUGGUCGCAUACCGAUCUCCACAGCGCUUACAAAAAGGCUGACUUUAAGAAGACGGAUUUCAUCAAUACACGAACCACAAAAGCCUAUAACUCAUUAAAGGAUUGAAUCAGAGCAUAACACCACUGAAGACAAAUGAGAUUAUACGUCAGUUAACGUAACUAUCUUCACAUGAUUGGUGUUGCCAUCAUGAACCAGGAAGUAUCUCAGAAGAAAGAGGCUGAUUUUAUGUAAGACUUGAGUGACCAGAGGGUAGCUGUUUUGUGUUUUUAAUCCUAAUCACCUUGUUGUCACUGUAUAUAUUAAUAUAAGAAUAACCAAAGAUGCAUUCUUCAGGAUGUCUGAGGUGAAGUUUCAUCCAGGUUUACCACUAGUCAGCGCUUCAGAUGACUGCCUUUAUUCUAACAGGCAUUUAUACAGAGAGGUUUGAAAUGCUGAUUGGCAGCAAAUUCUUUUCAGACUAUUUUAUACAGAUAGUUUUCUACAGUGGGUAAGCAUCAAGUGCACUGCUCAGGACAUAGUAGUUUUUCACAUGCUGAAUGAAAAUCUCCAGGCUCUGUGAGUAUACACAAGAAGCUGUUUCACUAUCUGCAUUAUAAAAGCACCAAUGAAGUUAAAAUGAUUAUUUUUGUAUUGCUUGUAUUCAUGUGCUCACUGGUUCUUAAGCCUCUUUCGUUUGAGAUUUCAUCAGCAACAGCAACAAAAUGAUUUUACAUAGGUCUUAUCAUCCCUUCCUCCUCUCAUCCUCCCUCACAUGGCUGUUGGAAUUUGUAACUGUGUCUAGAAAGGGUUUUAACUAGAACCACUAUGUUUCAGACACUUUGGGGUGAACUUAGACCCAUCAUUCUUUGCUAGUUGCUGGAAGAGUUAUUUGCUGGUGAUUCAGUGAUUAUUUUAAGAAAAAUGCAUUUUCAAAAUUAUUCUGUUGAUAAUCUAUAUAUAAUAAAGGGAGUGGAGUCUUGCCUUUAUUUUUGAAGUAGUAGAUACACGCACACAAGAGGUUAGGGUCUGUGCAGCUUAAGGAAUUCAUCUGAUCCUGUUUCAUAUUUUCUUACUUGAAGUCAUCAUACUCCCUAGAGCAAUUACGUGCAAUGUGAUAACUGAAGGACUAUGUCUGCACAUGUAGGACUAGGUAACAGGAGGAGAAAAAUUCUAAGCACCUAAAGGCAGUUCCCAUGAUACGAUCCUCAGACAGGGGAAAGAAGCACUAAAAAACCCCAUCUGAUACCUUUAGUAAGUGAGAUUUAUCUCAACAAACCAGUAGGUAAAUUGUCCAUUAAACCAACAGGAAAUUCAUAUAUAAAUAUGAAAACUCUGUGGAUUGGAUUAUCAGCUGACAUGAUCUGGCAUUACUCUUCUGAUACCAGGGGAGCUAAGCUACAUUUAUGGCAACCAAGACUUUGGCAUAUGUAUUUACAAGCCUUCCUGCACGAACGGAGCCCGUCCUGUAUCCCCAUGCUGAACUGCUGGCACUGGAGCUAUUACUGCUGUUCUUACCCAGAGGGGGAUGUACAGUCCUUCGAGUAGAGCCCUCACAGAGGAGAUCAUCAGGCCUCUUCAUUUCAUCACUCCAGGCCAAAAGUCUAGCUCCUACCAGAAACUUAGAAUGAGUGGAUUGUGACAUUGAGCUGUGUCCAAACAUAUUUCUGGAUAUCGGGGAGCUAAAUUCUGCGGGUAGAUGCACAUAGUUCUCACAGGGUUCCCAAGAAGUCCCACACGUGCGUGCAGAACAGAAUGUGUCCUGGGGAGGUGAGCAAACAACGUUGCUUUCCCAUCACAGAUCAUUUUCAUAGGUUUGUUAGUCCUCUGCAUUUGCUUUGAAUAACUGAGAUCAAAUGCAUUCCACUAAGAGGUUUUAAAAAUACUAUUUUUUUUU